CACCGUUCUAUUUAAGGCCCCUCCCGUGCGACUUCGGAGUACCGGAGCCGCUGCCGCCAAGUCCGGAUCCAGCGCCGCGCGCCACCGACGCCCGUCUGCCGUGCACACUCGAUUCCUUGUUCUAAGUCCAAUAUGGCAACUCUCAAAGAUCAGCUGAUUGUGAAUCUUCUUAAGGAAGAACAAACCCCCCAGAAUAAGAUUACAGUCGUUGGGGUUGGUGCUGUUGGCAUGGCCUGUGCCAUCAGCAUCUUAAUGAAGGACUUGGCAGAUGAACUUGCUCUUGUUGAUGUCAUGGAAGACAAAUUAAAGGGAGAGAUGAUGGAUCUCCAACAUGGCAGCCUUUUCCUAAGAACACCAAAAAUUGUCUCUAGCAAAGACUAUAAUGUGACUGCAAACUCCAAGCUGGUUAUUAUCACAGCUGGGGCACGUCAACAGGAGGGAGAAAGCCGUCUUAAUUUGGUCCAGCGUAACGUGAACAUCUUUAAAUUCAUCAUUCCUAAUGUUGUAAAAUACAGUCCGAACUGCAAAUUGCUUGUGGUUUCCAAUCCAGUGGAUGUCUUGACCUACGUGGCUUGGAAGAUAAGUGGCUUUCCCAAAAACCGUGUUAUUGGAAGUGGUUGCAACCUGGAUUCAGCCCGGUUCCGUUACCUAAUGGGGGAAAGGCUGGGAGUUCACCCAUUAAGCUGUCAUGGGUGGGUCCUUGGGGAGCAUGGAGACUCGAGUGUGCCUGUGUGGAGCGGAGUGAAUGUUGCUGGCGUCUCCCUAAAGAGUCUGCACCCUGCCUUAGGCACCGAUGCAGAUAAGGAGCAGUGGAAAGAAGUUCACAAACAGGUGGUUGACAGUGCUUAUGAGGUGAUCAAACUGAAAGGCUAUACAUCCUGGGCCAUUGGACUGUCUGUGGCAGAUUUGGCAGAAAGUAUAAUGAAGAAUCUUAGGCGGGUGCAUCCCAUUUCCACCAUGAUCAAGGGUCUCUAUGGAAUAAAAGAAGAUGUCUUCCUCAGUGUUCCUUGCAUCUUGGGGCAGAAUGGAAUCUCAGAUGUUGUGAAGGUGACUCUGACAACUGAUGAAGAGGCCCGUUUGAAGAAGAGUGCAGAUACACUGUGGGGGAUCCAGAAAGAGCUGCAAUUUUAAAGUCUUCUAAUGUACCACCUCACUGUUGAGGCUACAACAGGAUUUUAGUUGGAGAUUGUGCAUAUUGCCCCUUUUAUCUGAUCUAUGACUAAAAACACCAAUUUCCUAAAGAUAAAAAUAGUCAUGGUUCACCUGUAUCUCUGUCCUGAUGCUGGAUGGUACUUACCUUGCGUAGUCCUAAACUGGUCAGUGUGAAACAGUUCCACCUCUUCAAAGGCACCACUGCCAAUGUUGCACACACUGCAGUUGCCCUUCAAACUAGAUGAGUGUCCACUAUGUGUUACGUAACUUGUGGUUCCUUUACCCAGCGUGCCUAGUCCAACUUUUUCUCUCCAGUCAAUCACAUCCUGGGAUCCAAUGUAUAAAUCCAGUGUUGCAUGUCUUGUGCAUAACUUCUUAAGGAUCUUAUUUUGUGUACUAUAUGAAUCAGAUUAGUGUACCUUGCCAUAUAAUGUAAAAAGAAAGUCUACAUGUAAAUAAUGUAGCCAACUAUCCAAGUGUCAUACCAACUAAAACACCAAAUAAACCUUGAACAGUGA